AUGCUCUCACGUGUUGCUGCUGUAAUGGCAACCCGCACAGACUACCGUCGCCGCGUGACCGGAUCCGGCGGAAGGAGGAGGGAAGGAAGAGAGAGUGAGUCGCAGAGGCCCAACAUGUCCCGGCGUGUGUUUGCUUCCGCGGUGCUGCUGCUCCUCCUUUUCGUGAUGAUGUGCGGCGCCGCUGGGUCAGUGCAGGCCCAAAACUAUGGAACGAGAGUGGGCGAUUCCUAUGGAAGACACAUUUUGAAGCGGUCGCCAAGGGAGUAUCCAGUCGCAAACACAGCGGCCGCUGGCCACAUUUUCCGCAAUCCCCAUCUUGUGAAUUUGGGCUGGAUGCUCCUGGCCAUUGUUGGAGCUCAGUUCAAUGGAUCUGUGGGGAGCGGGAGUGCGUCCAUGCAGUUGAUGGCACAGAUCAGCGUUGAUGAUGGGAGGACGUGGCAGUCGUACGCGGGACCAGAAGAUCGUGACGCUUUUGCUGCAAGCCCUUACUGGUUGCCGUUUCCGUCGUCUUUUGGACCCUUCGAACCGCUUUUUGCAUUUGUGGAGGGCUACGACUUACGGACUGGGGCCAUGAUUCGUUUUGCCGAUGAGUGGGGGGGAAGUGGGUUGGAGUCUGUUAUCCAUUUUCUGGAGUCGGGGCCUGGACGAAGCGGAGGUUUUUCGAUGAGUUCCUUCUCUAUGAGCAUUCGCCCUCCUUAUCCCUAUGAAUCCGACGAAUUGAUUGGCUUCCUCAACGAUGCCAGCACUCCCAUCACGAGAAUGACGGAUGGCACGCUCGUGUUUCCCGUGCAGUUUCUGGAAUUUGGAGGGAAAACCGCGUCCACAGUCAUGUACUCGAAUUCCGUUCAACCGCACUGGACCUUUGCGAACAGCGCGACACAUGCGGGCUGCACCAACCCCAGUAUCCUUGAAUGGGAGGCUGGGAAAAUCAUCAUGAUCACCUCAUGUGAUUACGGUCGCCGAAGGGUGUACGAGUCGACUGACAAGGGGAACACGUGGAAGGAGGCUCUGGGGACGCUCUCGCGCGUGUGGAGCAACUCAUUGGCAGGUCUUGGGCCCCACAUUCAGAGCGGAUUCAUCACCGCAACCAUUGAUGGAAUGAAGGUGAUCCUCCUCACCCAGCUGGAAUAUUCCAGACACGAGAGCAAGGGCGAGAUUCACCUGUGGCUAACAGACACGAACCGCAUUUACCACGUUGGCCUGCUAUCCACUGGGAAUAGCGCGACCUCCAGCUCCCUGUUGUACGCGAAUGAUAAGCUGUAUUGUUUGUACGAGGCCAGUGGUGGAAGCGACUCUGGAACCUUCUUCCUGGAUCUGACGUCCGAGCUGCAGAAGAUAAGGCAUGCGCUGUCUACCUGGGCCGCAAAUGACAUUGCCUUGAGACGAUGCAGCACAGGCGCUGCGGACGUCGCGCUGUCAAGAUGGGGCUGUUCUGUUCCUUUCCCUACGGCUGGGCUUGUGGGCCAUUUGGCCGAUAGGUUCAGCGGGCACAGGUGGGAAGACGAGUACCUUGGGGUGAAUGCUGUUGUGAGGGGUGCGACGAAAAAGGUUCCCAGUGGGUGGACGUUCGAAGGGCAGGGCGCGGGGGCCGAGUGGCCUGUGGGCAAGCAGUGGCCGACCAGACCUCUCCACUUUGCAAACUAUGGGUUCACUCUUGCGACAACGGUGUCGAUUCACGAGGUGCCGAAGGGCAUCACUCCCCUGAUGGGCCUGAAAAGAAUGAGGACGACAACACUCCUGGGACUGUCGUACGAUAAUAUGGAGUGGAGCGUGGAGCACGGGUCGUACCCAAGGUAUUUAACCAAAUGGGAGCUGGACAAGACGUAUCACGUGGUGCUCAAAAUGCAUAACGGUGUGGGCUCCGUGUACGUUGACGGGAAAUCCCUGUUGGAUUUGGCCCUGCUUCGUUUUUCUGAUGAAGAGCUGGACGAGAUCUCACACUUUUACUUUGGCGCGUACGACGAGCUGUUGAGCAGCGGAAAAAUUCAUGCGACGGUGGCAAACGUCUUUCUGUACAACCGUCCGUUGAAUGACACUGAGAUUGGUGCCCUCAACGCGAAUAAAGUCACCAUUCCACCUCCGGAAAGGGAGCCGGUGCCGGCGUUGACAACUACUUUCCAGUCCGUUGACACUGUAACCACUUCGGUUGCCACAGAGACGCAGGCAACUGUUGCAGCGCCCACUCCUGCCGCACCACAGCUGACGGAACAAGCAAAUUCGAACGGGAGCAGUGACCCGAGCGAUGGCGCUCCAUCCACACCAGCGGUAUCCAAUACCACGACACCCACAGCAGGGGAGAGGAGCGCAGGCCAGUCGGCAUCUGUUACAUCUUCAAGUGCCGCCAGAUCGGAGGAUGACGCUUCCUUGUCUGAUGAUGCACAAACGGUGAGGAAAGAAGUUGCCGAUAACAAGCAGAGAGAUCAACCAACCCAAGCCUCUGUGGGCAUCUCCAACACAGCAAAUGGCGCAGCAAAUCCAAAAUCACAUGCCUCUGAAAGCAAGGGGCAAGAACAGCCCGCAGUAGCAACUGAGGGGGGCGCGAGCUCUGGUGAGAAUGAGGGGACGACGGGAGGAGCUGAUGGGCAAGAGGAAGAUGUCCAGCCACAGGAUGGGGAAGCAAAGGCUGCGGCACUCGGCCCCGCACUCAAAAGCAGUCUCGGAAAUUCGUCGGAGCGGGAUGACGGCGUUGCUGGCACCAUGCGUGAGAGCGGGGUGCUGCUGCCGCCGCUUUUUCUGCUGUUGGGACUCUGGGGGUUCGCGGCUCUGUGA